AUGGAGAGAGUGAGUAAUGUCACGGAAUUUAUCCUCCUGGGCCUGACUCAGAAUAAGGAACUUCAAAAAAUUUUAUUUGCUAUGUUUCUAAUUUUCUACUUGGUCACCUUGUCAGGCAACCUGCUCAUCAUGAACACUAUUAGCACCAGCAGGGAAUUAGGGUCCCCCAUGUACUUCUUCCUGUUCCACUUAUCUUUUAUAGAUGGCUUCUAUCCAUCAUGCAUGACCCCCAAAAUGCUAGCUGACACUUUUUCUGUGAGAAAAACUAUCUCUUUCAGGGGGUGCAUGACUCAAGUCUUUGCUGGGCAUCUUUUUGGUGCCGCUGAGGUCAUCCUGCUGACAGUGAUGGCCUAUGACCGCUAUGUGGCCAUCUGCAAACCCCUGCACUACACAACCAUCAUGAGCCAGAGGAUGUGCAUUUUCCUGGUGGGAUUAGUCUGGGCUGGAGGCUUUGUUCACACAACUAUUCAGAUUCUCUUCACAAUUUGGCUGCCCUUCUGUGGCCCAAAUGUCAUAGACCACUUUAUGUGUGAUUUGAACCCUUUACUGAAACUUGUUUGCAUGGACACUCAUACUCCCGGUCUCUUUGUUGCUGCCAACAGUGGGUUAAUAUGCUUGUUAAACUUCCUCCUUUUGUUGAUCUCCUAUACUGUUAUCCUGCGCUCCCUAAGGACCCAUAGCUUGGAGAGGAGGCGGAAAGCUCUCUCCACCUGCUUCUCCCACAUCACUGUGGUCGUCUUAUUCUUUGUGCCUUGCAUAUUUGUGUAUCUACGCCCAGUGACUACCUUCUCCAUUGAUAAAGCUGUGACUGUCUUUUAUAUCUUAAUAACUCCCAUGUUAAACCCCUUAAUUUACACCCUCAGAAAUGCUGAGGUGAAAAUUGCUAUGAAGAAGCUCUGGUGUCAAAAAGUAACUUCAGCUCAGAAAUAA